UCUAUCUUGGCAUUUUCUAUUGCUGAUUAGCUUGCUUGUGUGUUGUGUGUGGAGCUAGAUGGGGUUGGUGAGCUGCACCAAGCGUGCGUUUAACUGCUUGGGGGAAGUUGCUUUUUAUAUAUAAAUGGUUUGGUCAUCAAAACUUUCCGUUUGGUUUACUUCGAAGAUUUAGACUUGUCUUGUAGCUUAAAUUGGACCAAUCUUAUAGAAAAGCUAGCGCGGAGAGAGAGAGUUGACCAGGCGUGGCGGGUAAAGCAAGGCUGUGGAAAUACUUUGGUCGUUAGCCAUCUUCUUUGCUCAGGAUUCAGAAGAUAUUAGUCCUAGAGGUUGAAAUCAGUUGUUUGAUAAAUUCUUGUCUGUGAAAUAUGGGAAGGCAGUUGCAGCAUGUGCACUCUGGCCAACAAUUUGAGCACUACCAUCCUAGCUGCCUAUGGAGCAUACUUCAUAUUCUUGAUUAUCAUCGAUGGAGAAGGACUGUUUCACAUAAAAAGCACCGAAGAGGAAAGCGUGCCAUAUGCUUUGGAAAUCCAAAGACAAUAUCCUUGGAACGUGAAAGUGGUGAAGUGCAAAGUUUAAUGGAUCCUGAUAACUUCCUGGUCGAACAGGACACUACCGAAAAUUCAAUUGAAAAACAUUCGGGCAAAGCCAGCAUUAAAGCAUUAAUCAGUGAAGAGAUGUCCAAGGAAGAGAACCACAGACAUUCGAUUUUGGGUUUUCCUGCACAAUCCAAGUUUCAGCAAACACAUUCAAUCCAUCAUUUAGAUUCUUCGGACUUUCGCCUUGGUAAAAUAAGCAAUGACUGGACAAAUCCAAUUAUUGUACUUCAUAAAGAUGAAAACACUUCUUCCACUGGAUCGCGGGUUUCAUCUCUGAAAAAGAGAACAAGGAAAGUAAUUGCAAGAACUAAAAAGCAUGAUUUGGCUGAUAGUGUGAAUGGUGAGGACAACUUGGGACAAUACCAGCUUCUUGGAAAGCAGGACAAAGUGAUGGAAAACUCAAAAAUUCAGAAGCAGAAGGAUAAGCAGCUCAAUCACGAAAUUCUGCAUCAACAGGUUAAGGAAUAUGUGGAUGUUCUUGAGAUAUUCAAUGUAAACAAAGAGGAAUUCCUAAAAACCCUGAAGGAACCUGAUAUUGGUGUCUUGGACAAUUUCCCUGGCCAGAAGAUUUCAAAUAGAAAGGUAAAUUUAAACAAAUCAGGAUCAUUUCCGGUAGCUGAUUCUUCUCGUCUUAGAUAUCGUAGAUCCAGUACACUUGAACACAAGCAGAAUGAAACUUGGGCCUUCCCAAAAGGAGAAAUGCCAGUAUGCAGUACUGCAGUACCUAAUCCUGAUUCAGCCAGGUCUCAAAAAGGUUAUAAUUCAAAGACAGUGCCUUCAGUUGAGGAUUAUAAUGUGGGAAGUACCAUUAAACAAAAAGCUGAUAAUUAUUCUCAGGGUUUGCCCCAGGUAUCUAGUCAUCAAAGAUGGGAUAAGUUGGUUAAAGGUCACUUCAGAGGUAUAAAGCAGAGAAUAAAGCUUGCUAUUAAAGAGAAUAGAAGGGAGAAUGAUCAAUUUAAAACUGAGGGAAGAGAGAUGCCUAGAGGUGCGGGAAAAAAAAGCAUGGGUGAUGAUGGUACAGACAGCUCCAGAAUUUAUCAUGAUAGAGAUGGUUCUGAUCCCGAUUUUAGAAAAAGCAGAAGACACAUGAGAACCACCUCCCUAAAUGAGUCCCUGGAAAGAUACGCUCAGUUGUUUGAGUCUAGUUCCGGCGGAGAAGCAAAGUUACCUCACUCUAACAGCUUAAAAUUGAGAAAUGACCAUAAGACUUCAUUGAGAGAUCGUACUCCAAAAUUCUUCCGGAGGAUUUCCUCCCUGUCUGAUCUUGAGUCAUUUUUAUCUUUACUAAAUGAGUUGGCUCAUGAAUCAGAGAUGCCAAUUAGCACUGAAGUGGAUCUCAAUACUAACACUGAAAGCGAUAAUCAGAACGAAAUGAAGUCAAGUAGCCUUCCCAUAGCAACAGAUAAGUUGGAACCAUUAAAUACUAUUGUAGAGACUCAGUUUCAUAACAAUUCAGAACAGGGAAGUGCUAGCAAUGCAGUUAUUGAGCAUUCAGGUCCCUUAAUAGUGGAUAGAAUAGGCGAGGAUAUUUCUCUGACUGGUGAAUUUGGUGAGAAUAAUAUUGAUGCUUUAGAGGUUGCAAGCAUCCCUCGGCAGGAUCAGGAGAUUGCUUCCACAUUGAAUCCUAGUGUAUGCCAUGAGCAAACAUGUCCAGAUUUGGAGCCCGAAACUUGUUUUCCAGAGAAUAUGAUAGUCCCCGCAGAAGUUCCAAUUUCAGAAGCAGGUUCAAAGUUGAAGCCAGUGCAUGUUCACAUCGAUGAGGCAGAUGCUUCUUUCAACAUUCUUCAAAAUAGGUCCAAUGCUGAUCUCUUACCAGACUUGUGUGACACAAUGAACGCUGACAAGGAUGAUCACCUCCAGCAUUUUGAAUUAGGUAACAAUGAUGCUUCCUUCAAUUAUGUAAGAGAAGUUCUUCAGCUGUCAGGAUUUAUUGGAAAUGAAAGCCUUGGAACUUGGUAUUCACUAGACCAGCCACUGAAUCCUUUGGUGUAUAAGGAAUUGGAAGAAUACUUGCACCAUGAACUACAAUACUCACCUGCAGAGAUGGGAGGAAACUGUGAGCACCAACUUCUGUUUGAUUUAAUUAAUGAGGUACUACUUGAGCUCUAUGAGAGAUCAUUCACCUACUUCCCACAAGCCUUGUCCUUCAAUCGCCACAUUCAUCCAAUGCCAAAGGGGAACCGUGUUCUUGACGAGGCCUGGUCAAGAAUUUGCCAGUACCUCAGCUUUAGGACAAACCUGGACCAGUCAUUGGAUGAUAUUGUGGCCCAAGAUUUGGCAAAGGGUGAUGGUUGGCUGACUCAUCAAUUUGAGACAGAAUGUGUAGUUCUUGAGCUUGAAGAGUUCAUUUAUGAUGAACUCCUGGAUGAACUUAUUUACUCAUGAGAGUCACAUAUUCAUGCUUGUGUUCUUUCUAGGAAAAAUUUGUAUAUAAAAUUUUGUUACUGUUUGAGUGUUUGAGUGCACAUACAUAAUAGGGUGGAAAGAAAUUCUUUCAUGUAGUUAUGCUUUUGCGUAAGGUUGGAUGACUUAUUAGAAAACAUUUACAAUACAAUAUAUAUGCUCUUACAUGAUGAUAACACCUCUUGGGCGUUUUCAUACAUCAGUAAAUAACAAAUGGAGAAAGAGGUCGUACGGAAACGGUAAUCCUAUCAGUGAUGGAAACUUCAAACCCAAAAUGUGAGGGUAAACGGAAUUGUUGUCUUUUCUUGUUCUUAACAUUAUAUGAUUGUACUGUUAUUUUUCUUUUGGGAAUAAAUUCUGUUCAACUAUUA